AUGAUAGUUAAUCCUGGGUCUGCUUGGGACGGCCCGGAUCUCCUCGAGUCUCUAAAAAAGAAUGGUAUCGACAGCCCCUCAAAAAUUAAGUACGUCGUGUGCACUGACGGACGCGCUGCUCAUGUGGGAUGCUUAAACCUGUUUGUUGACGCAGAGAUGAUGAUUGUUGGACACGAUAUUCAGAAGGGACAAGAUGUUUUCCUUGAGCAUUCCUUUUCCGACGCGACUGUUCCUUUCGAGAUCGACGAAAAUGUAAGCUUGUGCUCACAGUUUCCCAAUUUGCUGAUAGUCUUUUUCAUUUGUUACCUGUCUGACUGGUAGCCAUUGUCGGACUCAUACAGACAGGCCAGAGUUCCUCAUUUGAGGGCACUUAUUUGCCCAGUCAGUUUAGAUCUAGCGUUGUUUGCAAUGAUUGUUUUCCCGUUAUGUUCAGUGGGUCUAGAAGUUUGUUCGCGAUAAGGUCGCUUAAAUAAUCCACAUUGUCCCCAAUGGUUCGCCGAAUCAUGUACAAAGUUGAGUUUGGUGGAGCCAUAUGGCCUCAAAAGCAAAAUACCUUGCUUUUUUCAACAAGUGACUUUACGAGAGCCCCCUCCUGCGGUCGCAUGCAUUCAUUCUACAAACUAUAUCACCCAGUGAAACGUGUCAGCACCGCUCACUCAUGGAACGUUUCCACUUGUACUAUGGCCACACAACAGAACAUUUGUAAUUAUAGUGGAAAAUUGCGAAACCUUAUUGCUUUUCUUAUUCUGGCAGUUUGUGGGCAAGUAGUGCUUGUAUUCUGCGCGACUUAUAGAUACUACACGUGAAGUGCAGGUUUCAGGAUCUGGCGGGCUUUCUAACGUGCCUUAGCUUCCGUAACGUAUUUUCGAAGCAGAUAGGACGUUUUUAAAUUUAAUAUCUUAAAACAGAUGCCAAAUUGCUAUAUAAUAUCCCUUGUUUACCGACUGGUGAACGAAAUGUGAGACUUAUACUGAAAUCUGAAGUCAGCCGCAUAGAUCAUGAUUUACCUCUGGCUGUAAUCAAUCUCACUUAAGUUAAUUAGCCAAUGAAAAAGCGUUAAUAUCGGUGUGGGAAUAUCUACUUCAGAAUUCUCAUAAUUCACGGAUCCUGGACGUUUGCCAUGGAUAGAUAACCUGUUGAACCUUCUGCAAUGGGACGCGUCGGUUUAAGUAAUUUUUUGCUGCCAGCGCGUGGCCUACCACCAUGCUCUUCUUCAAUUCGUUCCAUCUGUAAUCGUGUUUUCGAUUCUACUGUGCCUCUAAAAUCCCCGCUGCGCCCACCGAUUUCGGUUAUUUAUUACAACUCGACCAGAUUUAUGACCGGCCUCGCAAUUUUCGGGUUCUCUGUAGUCGUUCAGCGAUAGGGCCAUCCUCAGAUGUUAUGGCAUUUAAUGUUGUAAAUCGGCUUCUCGGGCUAGUCCCUUCUCCCACCUUUUUCUCUUCCUCGUCUUCUACCUUCACAUCGUCCCCAUUAUUCCUCUUCCCAAUGAUUGCAUAUUCGAACAUAUAUGACGUUUUUGCGUGUUAUUCCGUGUCAUCAGCUCUCAGUUGUCGGUACUCCGGGCACUAUGGACCAACAGGUGACCGUUCUCGUCAAGGGCCUCAUCACCCCUCAUGCCUCAAUGAACGAUCCUGCACCCAAGGAACCCUCAUUUGUCGCCAUAACUGGAUCCAUUUUCACCGAUGCAGCCGACGCCUCUAAGACUGGAUUUUUUGACGCGCAUUCCAUGAAGCCUGAUUUUAUGGGCGAUAAAGAGUCCUACCUCUCUGUAUGGCGCCGUUCCCGUGACCGUCUCCUCUCCAUGGCCGACUGGAUAUUCCCCGCCUUCGGUGGACCAUUCAAGGUGGGCGCCCUUUUCUCUGUUCCCAAUUUGCUGCUAAGUUUUUCGCGGACUCAACUGCACUUACGAAUCUCUCUGCUUACGCUGACUGUCACCUGUACUUGAUUAGCCGACUCGAAAGUCUACGGCAUGCGAACCUGCUCGGAGACCGUUGUCCAGUUGGCGUUCCGAUGCCCAACAACUGGCGUACCCAGUAUCCUUUCUAGGCUUGACUUAACCACCCGUCGCUUUCUGUGCCCCCUAUAAUUGCGGUACUGAUUUAGACAGAAGUUCGCGGACGCCUUUCCUCUGGCAUCGGCUGUGCGAGUGACCAAACAGCCGGCGACAGUGAUCCUUAACUGUAUCAUCACUCGGGGGUGCUCGCUGUCGACGGCGAACAUGUAGUUUCGUGACAAGGUCCAGCAGGCAACAUUUCUUAAAUAUUCUUAUCUCUCAUGUGUAGGCUAUAUGCACAGGUCAGGUUUCGUAGCCUUAAGACAGGGCGAGUUGAGCGUAGUCUCAUGUACUCUACUCUUCUGUUUUUUUUUACUGAACCUUGUGAGUAGACUACAAGCACUGCCAACAACAGCAUAACAUGUCAUGUGCACGUCGGGUGCAGCGGCUUAUGUCCUCCUGACAUUGAUCUGUCUAUGUUGUUGAACUGGGGUAGUCAAAGUAGUCGGCCGCCUCGGGUCUUGUGCCAUCUAGCAGAAGGUGGUCCGUCUAGCUAUGUCGUUUAGCAAUUUGAUUUUCGUUGCGUUUUAUUUUCGGCCGAAUUUGCGACUGAGCCCAGAUUACUCUUCCUCGAGGACGUUGUCAAACGACGGCUUGUUUGGCAUAAUCGGGGUUUGAGACGAAUACAUUUAACUCUGGUAGGGGGCGCUCACCGAUCCUUCAUACGGAACUCACUCGUUCCGUUGUGCCUUACGGGCUCUCUCUCUCUCGAGCCCAACCAGCAGCCGCACAGCGGCGCAUGAUAUAGGCAGUAUGUUAUUACCGACAAAGACAGGGGAGACUGGGAUGUCCAUUUUUGGCUUAUUAGCCGUCGUCAGCCAGUCACCCAACCCCGAAGUGUGGAACAUCCGAGGCUCCAACUCGUGAACUGCUAGUUAGAAGUGCACGCCUCUAACCACUGGGCCACGAGCCCGUUGCCCUGUCGGUCGGUGAGCGCUCCCUACCACUGUGUAUUCCCGAUCGAAAUCGACAGGGCAGCGGGCUCGUGGCCCAGUGGUUAGAGGCGUGCACAUCUAACUAACAGGUCGCGAGUUCGAGCCUCGGGUGUUCCACACUUCGGGGUUGGGUGUGACUGGCUGACGACGACUAAUAAGCCAGAAAUGGCCAUUCCAGUCUGCCUUGCCUUUUGUCGGCAAUAACAUAUUGCCUACAUUUAACUCCACCUGGACCGCCUUAUGCUCGACCUACCUGUUGCUUAGUUUAUGAGGCACGUUUCUAAUUGCCUGUUUCACGAGCUCGGGGCUUUUCUCUUGAUCUGGAAACAUCGAGGAGAAGGCCAACUCAAAACAGCCCGGAAGUGAUGCUUGAACUUGCUGUUUUCGGCCUCCGUCAUUAGAGGUGAGAACUAGUCUAGCUCUCCAGAUUCGCUGUCGCAGACCGUUGCGUGUCGAUGGUUACAGCUGGUAACAGGCAUGAUGACAGCCGUACCAAUUACAAGCAAGAGGAGUACGAGUUGAGUGGUCUGUUCGACAUACUUGUACAGUGAUAAUGUACUGGCGUUGACCUCCCAAGUCCACACAUCACGCGGUUUUCUGAUGACGCACCUCCUUACAACACGAGAAUCAAGACUGCUCCGAUUGGCAGUCUCCAGGCAAAAAUUCACAAUGUAGUAUUUAACAGCAGAUGCCGAAUUUUCGCGCUCAUGAAAUACUGAACUUAAGUCUUCAGGAUAGCAUAAAAUUGAAUAUACUGCUUAAGUGGGGUUGUCCUGCUUGUAAGCAUGGAACGGAGUUAAUAGAGGCUGUAGUGCCAGAUUACCAUCAAGAAUCACCGCCGCCACCGUAGUCACAAACGGCAAAAUUCCAUCAACUGGCUAUCCUUUUUUCCUGUUAUUGUUCCUGUUGUGACCAAACAGCCAUAAUCACGCGAUUGAGGGAGUACGAGCGAAAUUGGAUAUAGUAAGAAUGAGGGAAUGACUAGGGCUUUAUCCACUAUACGGUCGGCAUAUCGAAAGUAAAAUGCGAAAAUCGGCAGUUAAAGAAAUGAAAUUUGGUCAGGACAAUAAGUUAGCGUGACAGUUCCUAGGGAAUGGCGAUAAAAAAGCUCACUUUUAGCGUUUUCUAGGCAGUGGCGUUGUCGUGGAUGUUAGUGCUUGCAAGAAUACCGUUUUAGCUUUAUUAAAGCCCAUUCAUUAGCCAACUUUAUAAGGAUCUGCCUGCGUUUUUGCACACGUUGUAUUCUAACCUGUACGACAUGCAUGUUUUUUGGGGAAACUGCUUAGUACUUAUCUUUCUGUCCAAAGAUAUAUCCUAAUAAUCGCCGCUGAAACAAAAAUUUACUUCGUAUGACGUUUCAAAUUCACACUUGGACCCAUUUAUUGCUGCCUGUGAUGAGAGGUCAAAGCGUGAAUAAAAUUCUUGUUAGAUCUCAUCUCACUUGCUUCUCGGAGCCUCUGUUCCAUGUAUCAUUCCCUGCCAGUCAGAACGUCGAGCGUUAACUUAGCUUGCCAGACCUACCGAAUGCAGAUCCCGGUCGUGGAGAGAGGAGAAUGAUGGCGUUUGUUUUAAAUUAGCUUGCAUCAAAAACAUGCACUGAAAGUCAAGCUGACACAUGCCAUACGGCUUACCACGGUGACCAAGAAAUCAGACCUUUAACAACCCCACACGUUAAAAGCCGUCGUUACCGAGGGGCUACACAGGGACUACCGAGUUUUCCGUAAAAACGCCUGGUUGCUCGUUCCACCGGCGUCUUUCCCUGUCCUAGACGCCACCGAGACACCUAUGGCGUGCAGCAUAUUUUCCUACAGAUUUUAUCUGCCACUAACAGUAGAGCUACAGGAUAGUAUUGACUUCAACUAACUGUUCCUCACCAAAAAUGAUGCCUUAGUCUUCGUGGUUAUUCGAUUGUGCAAUUUGGGUAUCCAACGGCAUACAGGAGGUAUGGUGUAUGGAGAAGCGGUAGCCGGGAUGAGGAAGAUUUGAACGCCUAACGUCUGGCGUCCACCUGGUCUUCGCUUGCCGCUGUAGUAAACGGUUCGCAUCGUCCACAUGCGAUCAGUACAACUGCAUGAGGGAAUAAACUUACGGCUCGAGACCGGACCCAUUUUAAAGCCCGCUGCUUUCCACCCGUAGGUGCUAAAGAGCGUUUCAGGAGCCGACUGACACGAAUAUUUCAGUGAUGCUGAGGUACGUCGACCCUAGUUUUGCGCGCGGCCCUGUAGGGCCUCGUAAAUGACAAUUAUAAUAGAUGCCCCAGAGGAGCAGUAACGACUUGUCCGCUAAUUGGAUUGCAAUGUGGGGACCUUCGAGGCAUCUGCGCCCAUCCUUUGUUUUGAUGAUAGAGUUUGGCUUUGAUGGAGUGGCUGUGAGGUUAGAAGCUCGCAUCUUCCUUUGAAAUACACGUGUGGUUCUCUCACUCGACACAAACUGGACAAGGAUGUCCGCAAGGGUGCCACUCUAAGAAAAUAUCACUGUAACCUGAUCCAGAGAAAAGCCGAGUGAUCCGAGCUACGACUUCUUGCUAGUCGUGGAAAGGUAGCCCCAAGGUCGGCCGCACUUCUCCCUUGGAGUCCAGCUGACUGGGGACGGAAUCAGACACAGUGACCCAUGAGUCUUCGUCCAACGUGUGCCACGUACCUGCUUGAACCCUCUUUGGCCGCAGUUUUUUGAGUUUGUAUGUGUAAAGCAUAGUUAUAUGCGCAACUAGUACACUCUUGCUUUGCAUCAUCACUCUGAUUUACGACGAAAGAUCUGGAGUUCGAAAUUCUGAAUUAGUAUACAUGAACUCGGUUCCUUUUCCUGAAAACGGUUUCCAAUUCCCACUCAGCUUGAUCUGACUUGCAUGGACGCAGGCAGAGACCCAUCCACGGGCUUGUGCUGCUGUGGUCGUUCGGCGUGGCGCCCUCAUCCACUGGGAGUAAUGCUUCUUCACUGUGAUCAUGCAAAGUACACGAGUUUGUUAUUCUGGCUCUGUUAGCAUUGGAAAUUGGCUAUGCAUUGAAAUGUAGUUUGUCGAACCGCUUUACAUCUGUCCUCUUACGAAAAUAGUCAAAAACGUCUUCUGCAUCUCCGGAGUCGUUAGCGAGUUUCGUCACAAAGUGUGCAUACGGUAGUCUACUGAUGAAGGCAUGAAAGGAUCCGAGACGGCGGAUGCCUACAUUUCACCACCUAUUUAUCAACCUCUAACCAUUUAAUCGCAUUGGUACCUGGAACGUCGUCUCAAUUGCCGACUCCUACCGCCCGAAAAGGGAACCGGUCCGCUCUAAGACGCCAAUGAGGUCGAUACGUGCCCAUUUCAGCAUACACGGGAGUGACUAUCAUAUUUUUGACAAGACACACUCGUGGCGUAAUUCAAUAGCUGCUAACUGAAAUUCGGAUAUGCGUUUUUGAUUAGAAGGGAUUGCUAAUAUCGAUUGUCACUCACGUCAAGGUGUCGGUUUUCGAAUGCGUUCUCUUUCGCUCACUUGUGAAAACCACACUCAGUAAGAAUGUCUGCUUAAGUAGUAUGCGUUUUUUCAAUUGAUUUCCCCCAUAAAUUCGAAUAUACUCAUUUGAAAGCAAAUUACUUCUUCAAAUUCCGUACUCUGACAAAGGGCAUCGUUCGGUUGAAAGAAGUUACUAAUUAUGGAAUUUUUUAAGACUAAGAAGUUCGUUCAAAUAGCAUUGUAUCCUUUCGUAACUUGGUAUUUCUUAUGAAGUAAACAAAAUAGUCCAUAUACACUGCAAAUUUUACGAGCAUGGUAUAAUAUCUUCCUAAUAACAUAGAGAGCUGUAUGAUUUGUAGUUUGAAAACCCUAAGCGCAAGUGCAAUGAUAGGUCGGCUUCAAAAUUAUUUGGGAAUUAAAAAAUCCUUUCAGAGUAUAGAAGUUAAAGGGGAUCUAAUUCGCUACAAAUGAGUACAGGAAAGAAUAUUCCUUUUGCUUGCCUUCUAUAAAAUACGUUUAAAUGCAUAGGAGCAUCGAAAACCAACGAAAAAAUGCAUGCCACUUAAGUAGUCAUUUUUGGCCGAGUGCAGUUUUCCCCGCUGGUCGGGAAGCAGCGCAUUCAAAGUCGGCAUCUUAGCAUGACUGAAAUGUCUUGUUAUUACGCUGCACGCUAACCUGUAUUACAACCCCACCUAACUAAUCAUUUCUAAUUGCAAGGGUAUUUCAUAAUUUCGGCUAACGUUUCAUGAGGCACACCACCUGGCGUACGCGUCUUGCGGCCAUUCCGUAGCUAGGGGACGCUACUGCGGAAAUUGUGCUCAUCCGUGGGCCCCCAUCUUUCCCACGGGGUUUUCGGUACAUAACUUUAGUCAGAAUAGUAUUACCGACAAAGACAAGGGUGACUGGAAUGGCCAUUUCUGGCUUAUUAGCCGUCGUCAGCCAGCCAUACACAACCCCGAAGUGUGGAAUACCUGGGGCUCGAUCCCGGACCUGUUGGUUAGAAGUCCAACGCCUCUAUAACCAACAGGUGGCCGUCAUUAGCAACUCAUACCGAACCCCGAAGUGUGGAACACCUGGGACUCGAACUCGCGAAAUGGCCAUUCCAGUCUCCUUGUCUUUGUCGGCAAUACCAUUCUGCCUAUAUCAUGCGCCGCCAAGACGAGUUCGUGGCUCAGUGGUUAGAGGCGUUGGAAUUCUAACUAACAGGCCGCGAGUUCGAGCCCCAGGUGUUUCACACUUCGGGGUUGGGUAUGAUUGGUUGACGACGGCUAAUAAUCCAGAAAUGGCCAUUCCAGUCACCAUUUUCUUUGUCGGCAAUACCAUUCUGCAUGUAUAUACAUAUAUUUGAUGUCGGAUAUUUCCUUGGGAGAAGUGGAAAAUCUUAUUGGGUAAAUUUGUUUUGGCGCCCUUUUGGAAUUAUCUAGUUACCUUUCCUUUGACUCCUAUUGUUUUAUGGAUUGACGUACAAAAUCUCUACGGCAACCAUUCUGGGAAAAUAAGUCAAGCAGUUAAUUUGGCUUGACUUGGUAGCUGUCGUCGUAAGAUUAAUAUUUCUUGCCCGACGAAGCAGACCGUUGGCGACACUCAGCCUGUGGGCCUGAUAGUGUUGAAUGACUUCCGCAUAAGUUUCCUUUCAGUAAACAAAUGUGUGCAAUCAAUCGUCAGUCUUCCCCAAAAAUAUAAUUCAGAGUCAAAUACGCCUUUUGGGAGAAGUGGGCAGCUUUGUUGAGUAAAUUCCCGUACGCUGAUUUCCCAGCUCAUCGUCAGAAUAGUUAACAUUUGAGACGUGCUUGGGAAAAUCGAUACUUGUUCGGUGUUAGCGCCAGUCAGCGACUGCCGUGCACGUCAUUCUGUAUUGAUUAGUUCUCGUCUCUUCCAUUUUCCUUGAGAAUCUUGUACAUGACACCUUACUCAAUGUGCCGAUUGAUGCAUGACACGUCUGCGUUCAUGGCUUCGAGACACGCAGUCUUUUUAGCAGGGCGGACGUCGACGAUGUGUGUUUUGUCCCUGGCGAAGAUAUGUCCGGUAUUUAGGGCUGCAUGGCCACUUGGGACAGAUGGUCUCGCCUUUUAAUCACCAGUUUGUGCUCGUGGAUGCGCGUAGAGGCAGAUUUUCUCGUUCGGCCACAGUGUGGGGCGUCGCAGGCAUCGCAUGGAAUUUUGUAGACGACUUCCUACCAAGAUAGCCAAUCCUAUCAUUUGGGUGUGCAAUCUGAGUGUCUUUCAACAAGUUCACGCACAUUUUUAGUGUAUGGAAGGUGGCGGGGCGCCUCCACUGCCGCGCUGACGUUACGAUUAUCUUGACUUAUGCUUUCGUAAUUCAAGUGUAUUUUGCGUUUCAGCUGGUCUGAUCUCUUUAUUGUUUUUUUCCAAAUUUGCUGCAUGUAGGUUAAGCCGGAGUUCUCAAAUACCCCUUGUGUGGAGUUGGCAUAA